CUUAUUCCCACCCUUCGAAGAAAGAAAAAGCUCGCAACAAAUUCGAAUAAACGUGUCGAAUAGCUGAAAAAGGUGUACUGACCAAAUCAGUAAAUAAACCAAUAAAAGUUUCAACCCUUCGAUAGGUUUAAUCGAUUUUUUCGAGCCUUUUCUUUAUUCGAAGGCUGGAGAAUGGUUUACUAAUGAAAUUAGCCAACUAAAUAGGUAGUAAGUAAGUUGCCCCCCCGAAUUCGUUAAAGCGCAUACCUGGUUGCCUAUCAGCUCAUGAGUCAAACGAUAAAGGACCAAUAACCUAAUUAUAGCAGACAAAACAAAGCAAAAAGCAAUCUUUUGUUAUUUUCAAGUUAGAUGACUAUGUACUUUGGUGUAUGUUGUCUUAUCUCUGUGAACCUUGUCGCUGGUAAAGUGGCCGCCUAUACGAAUCCACUUGUAAAUUGUAGGUUAGAAUAGGGCGAGAGCGUUAAAAUGGACCUAAUAAAAUCUCCCGCGAGCUGGCUGAAAACGUACGUAAACGCCGCGUUCCAGGGCAAAGAGCCCUGGCAGAUCGUCUCGAUCACCACCAGUUCCGUCCUGUUGAUGGUGUGGAUCUACGAUUUCCUGGACGGCGACGAAAGCCUUGUGAACAGGGGCAAGAAGACCGCGUUCAAACUAGUCAAGCACAUUCCGCAAUUGAGGGCCAAAGUGGAUCAAGUGCUGGACGAAACCAGGCGAAACUUCGAAGACGACGUGACGAAGAGAACCAGCGGCGUGCCCUAUCUGGUGCAGCUCCCAACCACCGCAAUGAGCCGCGAGGAAAUUUUCAAAGCGCUGAGCCAAAACUUGGCUCUCGGAGAAGACGGCUGGAAAUCCGGCUUAGCGUCCGGCGCCGUCUACAUCCACAACCCCGCCCUACAGCAGCUGGUGGCCGACGUCUUUCAAAUUUCCUCCUACACCAACCCGCUGCAUCCAGACCUGUUCCCUGGUGUCUGCAAGAUGGAGGCCGAAGUGGUGCGCAUGGUCUGCACGCUGUUUCACGGCGACGAACAAUCGUGCGGCACCAUGACGACGGGCGGCACCGAAUCAAUCAUGAUGGCCUGCAAAGCCUACAGGGACUACGCACGAGAAGCCAGAGGCAUCAGACGACCGGAAAUGGUGCUUCCGGCCACCGCCCACUCAGGCUUCGACAAGGCAGGCCUCUACUUGAACAUACGUCUCAGGCAUGUGCCGAUCGACCCAACCACCUGCCAAGUGGACCUGCAGGCCAUGAGGCGGGCCAUCAACCGCAACACCGUGAUGCUGGUUGGAUCGGCGCCUAACUUUCCUUACGGAACGACUGACAACAUAUUCGAGAUCGCCAACCUGGGCACAAAGCACAACAUCCCGGUGCACGUGGAUUCCUGCCUGGGCGGCCUGCUCACCGUCUUCAUGGACCGUGCGGGUUACCCGCCGCCCGUGACCGAUUUCCGGCUGCAGGGCGUGACCAGCAUCUCGGCCGACACCCACAAGUACGGCUUCGCCCCAAAGGGCACCUCCGUCAUCAUGUACCGAGCCCCCAAGUACAGGCACCACCAGUACACCGUCACCACGGACUGGGUGGGCGGCGUUUACGGCUCGCCCACCGUCAACGGCAGCCGAUCGGGCGGCAACAUCGCCACCUGUUGGGCGGCGCUGCUCUACCACGGCCUCGAGGGCUACGUCAGCGCCACCAAGGACAUCAUCUACACUGCGCGGUUCAUCGAGAAGGGGCUGCGCCGGAUGAAGGGCAUCUACAUUUUCGGCCAGCCUGCGACCAGCGUGAUCGCGCUCGGCAGCGACGACUUUGACAUCUACCGGCUGGCCGACGCGCUGCACAAGCUGGGCUGGAACCUGAACACGCUGCAGUACCCGCCGGGGCUGCACCUUUGCGUCACUCUGAUGCACACCAAGCCGGGCUUGGCGCAGAAGUUCCUGGACGACACGAAGGACUCGCUCGCCGAGAUCCUGAAGGAUCCUGCGGUGCCCGUGCAAGGGCGCAUGGCCCUCUAUGGCACCGCGCAGAAGUUGCCCGAUCGGUCGAUUGUCGGCGACAUUACCCGAUUCUUCAUCGACUCUAUCUAUUAUAUUCCGCCGUCUGAUGCGCAGCCACAGGACUGAUGUUCACAAGGACCUACUUAAUUUAUCGCUGUUCUUUGUUGUGUUAAAAUAUAUGAAAUUUUACUAAAA